GUUGAGUGACUCUCGGUCGGAUAUUGUUACUGGACCCGAUCAAGGCCGUCACUCCCGUGUUGUCAGCCGACCAGGGAGUGCAACUGCUUGCACCCAUCUUCGGUUUACACAAUAACAGGCCGCCUCAGCAAACGAUGACCGGAGCUCUGGGAAAGGUGCUGUGCUUGAAGAACGAUAUUGUUAAGCAAGCCUUUCUCCUCUUAAGAUUCAGAACUUCAGGAGAGAAUCCCAUCUGUUCUGCAGGUGGCAUUUUGCUGAGUACCAGUCGGCACUACAGGACAAAACCCACCCAUGGCAUUGGAAGAUACAAGCACCUAGUUAAAGAACAAGAGCAUAAGAAGAAGAGGGGAAAGGUGGAAGUGAGACCCAUUAAUUUGGGCACAGAUUACGAGUAUGGGGUUUUGAACAUUCACCUGACUGCGUAUGACAUGGCACUGGCAGAGAAUUAUGCCCAGUAUGUUCACAACCUCUGCAACAAUCUCUCCAUCAAAGUGGAGGAAAGUUAUGCGAUGCCCACCAAAACCAUGGAAGUGUUACGGCUGCAGGACCAAGGCAGCAAAAUGUUCCUGGAUGCAGUUCUUACCACCCAUGAACGAGUGGUUCAGAUAAGUGGUUUGAGUGCUACAUUUGCAGAGAUUUUCUUGGAAAUAAUCCAAAGCAAUCUUCCUGAAGGAGUCAAAUUGUCAGUGAAGGAGCACUCUGAAGAAGACUUCAAAGGAAGGUUCAAAGCUCGGCCAGAACUGGAAGAACUGUUAGCCAAGCUGAACUAGCUCAUUGCAGACUCUUUCAUGCCAGCACUGGUGGUAUUGAGUACCAAGGGGAAUGGCUUUCUGGGUGGUCAAAGUUAAGCAGGAGACCUUGACUCUUAGAUAUAAGUAUGAAUGUCCACAACCAGAAAUUCCCCUUCUCCUUGGUUGAAGAGUGCUCGCCAAUUGUCACCACUUUCCUUUGAGCCAACCUUAGGUAUCCUCCAUCUAAUAAAAAUCUGUUGAUAAUAA